UAAAUCUCCCUGGUAUCAGAAGCUAACAAAUACUCAGGGUGCUGGGAAGUCCUAGCCCCAGUGAGGCAGAACUUCCUCCUUUCUUGAUGCGGAUCAAAGGCUCGGGCCCUACUGGACUCCAUCAGAGCACCUGAGCACAGAAGAAGCCAUAGGGACACCGCAUCCUCCAUAGCUGCAAAGCCUGCUGACCUUUGAUCUUUUCUGCUUCCAGACCUCUGGCCUUGGCCCUCCUGUCAUCUUAAGGCUCUGGGUUUAGGCCUGAAUUUUAGGCUACGUCCAAGAAGGUCAAAUCGUGGCUUGGGACUGACUCAGAUCUUCCUGUGGGAUCCAUCUGCACAUAAAUGUCUUCACACCUUGGCAGUUCUAAAACACCAUCAUCCAAAGGGGAUGGAAGAAUAAAAGGUCCAGUAUUAUCCAGGGUACACCCGAUUCUGGUGGAUAUUCAGGAUAUUAACCAUCUGGUAUGGGUCCUUCAAGGCCAGACCCUCACAGCUGUCCCGAGGAAGGACCAAAUGGAUCCAGUCACUGUUACCUUAAUCUCAUGCAAGUACACAGAGACUCUUGAGAAGGGCAGGGGGAAUCCUGUCUACUUGGGACUGAAGGAGCCGGAGCUUUGCCUAUUCUGCACAAAGGUCGAGGGGCAGCCCACACUGCAGCUUCAGGAACGGAAUAUAAUGGAUCUGUACCACCAAACUGAGCCUGUGAAGCCUUUUCUCUUCUACCAUGACCGAAAUGGCAGGGCCUCCAGCUUUGAGUCUGUGGCCUUCCCUGGCUGGUUCAUCGGCUCCUGCUCCAAUGGAGGCUGUCCUGUGAUUAUCACCCAGGAAUUGGGGAAAAUCUACACUACUGACUUUGGGUUCACAGUACUCCAGGCUUAAGGCUGGACUAGGGAUGAGGGUUGUUCUCUGCACAGAGAAUCUUGUCUUUGGUUUCCUCCAUUCAAGCUCCUGCAGUGCUUCUGAAUCACAACACUGCAAAUCAGCAAUACUUUAAUUAAUUAAGAAAAAAAGAGAGAAAAGUGCUUUGGAGAUGAACAUUGUCAUACCAAUCAUUCAACAAGGAAAGGCAGAAUUGCCAGAAUUAUGUCCAUUUCAAUUUGGCGGGGGGAGGCUUGCAGAUUCCCCAACUGUGAAAUGAACCAUCUUAGUCUUAAAGGAAGGAAGAAUCUUGGUUAAGCUUUUCACCCAAGAGUAUCUUACUGACCUCAACACAUCCAUGCAGUGACAACAUACGCACAACACUGGGCCAAGUUGUGUGCCCUCCGCCAGGAACCAUGUGGACAACAGUGCAGGGAAAUUGAGGGUCUUUGCUAUGGCCAUGUAGCUAAAUUAUGACAACUUGACAAAAAUGCUAAAGAAAACUCUACUUAACAUACCUGCUAAUGAUGCUUCAAAUAAUAAAUGAAGGUGAUGAUUCUUUCAUUUGGAGUCCAGAUCUCUGGAUUUUCAGAUAUGUUGCUCUGCGGCAAUGUAUCAAGAUCUUUUGGAUCCUGGUGGGAAAAAGCAGACAGACAAGUUCCAUAAAAGAAAAGACUAAGAAGAAAGCUGGAACCCCAUGUGGGAAUGGCUUGUGUCUCAGUGAAGUUAUGUGCUCUGCUGGUUUGAAUGAAGAACUAGUGUUAUUUAUGAAGCUUUCACCUAAAGUAUUAUCACUGGAUCUCAUCGAAAGUUAAAUUUGUGAAAUAAAAAAUUUGCUCCUCUCA